AUGAAUUUUAAUUUACCAUAAUCAUAAUAACAAUAAAAUAAAAUUGUCGAUUAAUUAGCUUUAGAAUGCUCACUUUUUAAUUUAACUAAAAAAUGCUUUGUAAUAUGUUCAUAAAAGAUUAAAAAUCACUAUAAUAUUAAUUCAUUAUUUGAAAUUGAAGAAAAUAAGAGAGAAAAAAUGAUCGAAUAAUUUGAUAAUUGUAUUGAUAGUUGUUCAUUUGAGUAUGCAUCAUUUAGAACUCAAGUGCGUAAAUAAUUUGUUGAUGAUAUGACAAAAAUUAAUGAUAAAAAUGAUUAAGUCUAUAAUUCAUUUUAUAAUUGA